AUGGAUCGUUUCUGUAGGGCGCUACAUCCGGAUUUGGAUCUGAGUUCAACAUGCCUUAGCUGGUUUCAUCAAGCCACUGAACAUUGCACUGAAUUGAUUUUGCGAAAGAACCGCGGUUCAGUUUUCUGGCGGUUACUGAACAAGUUCAUAUUUAUCAAUCGUCAAAGAUCAUUGGUUAAUCAAAAGAUACCAAUCAGCAUACAUCCGGAUCGAUUGUCGCUUAACGACUGUAAUGCGCUUCAUGUGGAAAUCGUUAAUGACUAUCUGGUACACGCGCCACGUUAUACCAUUGAAGCGGCCACCAACAUUCUGCUUUGGCAAAUAUUAUUUUCCUUGUUUGGCGUAUUUGUGCUAUGCGUCUUGCUGGCCUAUACAAUAUCGGCUUAUCGCAAAUAUGGACAAUCAAUAGAGAAACCACUCGAUCCAAUUGCAUCGGUAUUUCUGGCUGAGAAACGCAUCAAUGCCUACAUCAACCGCAACCUGCGCCAAGUUAAGUAUGAGCUGCGGCUGCUACAUGUGCGCCAUUCGAUGAAACCGGAGGACAUACUCUCGCCCAGCGGCACAACAACCUUCGUCAUAAUAGUGUCGUCAAAGCUGAACGUGAAGAAUGGCACUUUGAAUAGGACAGCGCAUUGCAAGGGACGUUUGUAUCGCCUGACAGAACUGCAGCCGAAGGUGAAACCCGUAUACAAAAUACAACCCAUUGCUAAGAUGAUGCGUUUUAUAAACAAAUACUCGUGCAAACUACGACUGAGGGUGAUCUUCGACGAGGAACCGAGCUUUGAGGAAGUAAUGCAGCAACGCCAAUUAGGACCCAGAAAGACAUUCUCACCACUAACGCUACCACCUUUAACGAACAAGAAAAGCCUCAGUAGGUUAUCAAUGCGCAGCAAUGCAUCGCGCUCCAAUAGUCCGCCCAAAAACAAAGUUUGCAGUGCGCGACUUUCAGCGCAAAUGCAGUGUAACUUACCGCGGCGUCUUUCAAGUGUAAUGUUGAAGAAGUAG